AUGGCGUCUCCCCAACCAACCCUUAUCACCCUCACCCCCGCCGAGCUGUCCUCCACCAAAAUCUCCUCCCACAACCUGCAAUCCGCCAUCGAAGCCCUCCACCGUGAUGGCCUCGUCGUCAUCACCAACGCCGUCUCCAUAGCGCAUCUAGACAAGCUGAACAGUCGCAUGGUUCCCGAGGCCAAAACCCUCCAUGCCCGACCAUCAACCCACCGGAACUUUGGCCCCGAGACAGGCAAUAUCCAGCAGGAACCGGUGCUGGAGAAAGAUUAUAUCUACCAGGAUAUCGUGGCAAAUCCGUUUGCUGUACAGGUCGUCGAAUGUAUGCUUGGGCCGAGACCCGCGCUACGCUUCUACAGUGCGAACACAGCAUUUCAAGCCAAAGACCGGCAGCCAGUCCAUAUAGAUGUGGAUUUCAACUUUCCAAUGAUUCCGUGGGGUUACGCUAUCAACAUCAACCUCGUCGAAACGACGCCUGAGAAUGGGGCGACCGAGGUCUGGUUGGGCAGUCAUACUGGUACGAGCAGGGAUGUGCUUGAUCCCAAACAUGGGCACGAGCGGAUCAGGGAGAAGCUACUCGAAGAACGCCGGAAGAUGGGAAGAGGUGGAAUCCAGCCGGAAAGGUUGCCAAAGGGGAGUCUGGUCAUCAGAGAUAUGAGGCUUUGGCAUGCAGUCUUGUAUCUGCAAGCAGAGAACAGGGAGAGAUAG